GCAAUACACUAAAAGAUGGACGCUAACCCCAUCUCCAGCAGAACAACCCAAGAAACCCUGCUAUUACAGGAAGAAGAGUUCUUGCUCAAAACCUGUGCGUGUAAGGACCUGUGGAGAUUUGAUAGGCUUAGGCCUGAGAAGGCUUAUGCUAGGCUGUUUAGUCAUUUGCAUAGCUGGGAUUUUAGGAGAAGAAAAGGUCAGUUUAAAGUCAUCUCAAAGAGUUCAAAGGAAUGUAUUUGGAGUGCACAGCUUACUAAAUAAGAGAGAUUUCUUAAAACUUUUCAAGACAUUUGGUUCCUGUAAAUUUUCAUACUUUGGAAUAAAAUAUGGAGAAGAAACUAUUCCUACAUUCAGAUAUCUUAUACCAUGAAUAAAAAUACUCCAUAAUUGCCAAGAAGGGUUUAUUGUGAAUAGUUUUAAAUUGUCUAAGAAAGCCCUUCGUCUGUUUUUAAGGAAUGCCAUUGAAGUCAGAUCUUUGUGAUUUGAGAAAUGCAUUCUUGAGCCAGUUGAAGAUUCUUUAGAAAUAAAUGAUAAAUACAAAUUGGCUUACUUUAAAGUAAUGAAAUGAUUUAAUUCAAACCAGGAGGGUAUAAAAUAUGAAGAUCCGGAAUUCCAAUCACUACUAGAGCACUGCCUAAUUAAAAUACCAUCAAUAGAAAAAGUUACCCUAUCACAACUAAAACCGAAUUCAGACCCAAAACCCUCAGAAGAGGUUAUCUUUCAAGAAAAAGUAAAAAUUCUGGUCGUUUAA